AUGUGGCUUAGUGACACAGUUGGUCCAAGGAGGCAUCGGGGUGCCUGUGCUUGCUUGCUUUUUUCUUCCGACAUCAUCGCUUUUCAGUGGACAUUUCUUCUUCUUCUUCUGCACACAAUUUCUUCGACUCCUUUCUCCCGUCGACUCUUUUGUCAGGGUUGGUGGGGAAGGACACGAGAAGGCUGCAAAAGUGGACCCCCACCCCCGAGCCGUUCUGGGCUCCCAUCUCGCAGCGGGUAUCGAACCACUACGCCCUCCUCCCGCUGCACCCUUUGCAAAGAGAACUUAGAGGAGGCCUGGCACCCUGAGAAAAAAGAGGACACAGGAGCGUUGUUUUUCUCUCUCUUCCUUUUGAUACCAGUAAACGUCAAGACUUCUGCCUGCAAAAUGCCAAAUUAG